GGGGCAUCUUUCUCCCGACAACACCCAAUGGCUGACCCCUCCACAGGGCUAGUGGGGGUCUCGAAUGCUGUUGGAGGUCGAAAAUUGGAGCCGAUGGCUUCGCAUGGCGCGGCAUUGCUUGUAUGCUGCUUACCUGCUGCAGAACGGUACCUGAUGAUCCGGUACAAAGUGACAGUGACUCUUGAACUUCACUCCAAAACUUUCUUCUCCUCUUUCUUUGCAGAUUUACGCGUUCACAGGAUAGCUGACACUCAGAAUGGUCACGAUUACUAGCAUCACCACGAAAGAUGUUCGUUUCCCAACGUCUCUCGACAAAACUGGCAGCGAUGCUAUGAACGCUGCUGGAGACUACUCCGCGGCAUACUGCAUCCUGCAUACAGACUCUGAAUACACUGGGCAUGGCAUGACCUUCACCAUUGGGCGAGGCAACGAGAUCGUAUGCCAGGCAAUCAGUGCUCUUUCAGAGCGAGUAAAAGGCAAGAAGUUGGAAGAUCUUGUGGCCGACUGGGGCAAGACAUGGAGAUAUCUCACUUCAGACUCCCACCUCAGAUGGAUCGGUCCAGAGAAAGGCGUCAUUCACCUCGCAUUGGGAGCGCUCGUAAACGCAAUCUGGGACCUGUGGGCAAAGAAGCUGGGCAAGCCAGUCUGGAGAAUCGUCUCAGAGAUGACGCCUGAGGAGUUUGUCAGGUGCAUCGACUUUCGAUACAUCACAGAUGCCAUCACACCAGAGGAAGCUGUACAAAUGCUGAAAAAGCUGGAAGUUGGCAAGGCACAGAGAAUGAAGGAAGCAGAGCAGAAUCGUGCUGUGCCUGCGUAUACCACUAGUGCAGGUUGGCUCGGAUACGGAGAGGACAAGAUGAAAGCUCUGUUGCACGAAACUGUGGCUCAAGGAUACAAGCACUUCAAGCUCAAAGUCGGGACAAGUAUUGAACAAGAUCGACAAAGACUCCGAAUUGCCAGAGACGUCAUCGGCUACGACAAGGGCAAUGUCCUCAUGGUAGAUGCGAACCAGGUGUGGUCGGUCCCGGAGGCUAUCGAAUACAUGCAACAACUUGCCGAAUUUAAGCCGUGGUUCAUCGAGGAGCCUACAAGCCCAGAUGAUGUUUUCGGUCACAAGGCUAUCCGCGAAGCAUUGAAGCCCCUUGGCAUCGGCGUUGCAACCGGAGAGAUGUGCCAAAACCGAGUCAUCUUCAAGCAGCUCAUUGUGCAAGGUGCCAUUGACGUAUGUCAAAUCGAUGCCUGCAGGAUGGGAGGCGUGAACGAAGUGCUAGCUGUGCUUCUGAUCGCAAAGAAGUACGGCGUGCCAAUCGUCCCCCACUCCGGUGGUGUCGGUCUGCCGGAGUACACUCAACAUCUGAGCACGAUUGACUACGUCGUGGUCUCUGGCAAGCUGUCAGUUUUGGAAUACGUCGACCACCUUCACGAGCACUUCCUUCACCCAUCGGUCAUCAAGGAUGGCUACUACACAACGCCUACGGAGCCUGGGUACUCUGUAGAAAUGAAGGCCGAUAGUAUGGAGGAAUAUGAGUUUCCAGGCAAAGAAGGUGUCAGCUGGUGGCGGACUGAAGCAGCGAGGCCGAUUCUCGAGGGCGCGAAAUUCUGAUAGCAUGUAAGCAGACAUGACUCCAUAUCAUAGACUACAGUGAAUAAUUAU